UCCUCCGACACAUUGGUGCGGCUGGCUUCGGGGUUGGAUGCGCGCUGUGUUAAGAAGCAGUGCGGCUUGGUUGGGUUGUGUAUCGGAGGACGCAUGACUUUCAACCUUCGUCUCUCCCGAGCCCUUACGGGAGUUUUAGCGAUGAGACAAGAUAGUAGCUACUAACAAUUGGAUAUCACGGAAUUGGGGAGAAAAAGGGGGUAAAAUUCAAUAAAAAAAAAUUAAAAGACGUCAGACAUUACAGGGAAGAGUGCACAGUGGUGGAUUGGGGGUCAGUAGAUUGAAUGGGACUGCAGUUGAAACCUCAACAGAAAAUAACUUGUUUUUCCACAGUCUUGGAGCAAGGUGUAAGAAUCCUUUCUGUCAGAGUCUAUAAAUCUGACUUUCAACACUUGUUUUUUCCUACCAAGAACCCAAGGAGUCACCCCUUCUCUUCCCGUUCUCUCGAUACACAUUUACAUUUUUCCGCUUAACGUCUUCGUAAGGGCUCAGCACACUGCUGUCUUCAAAAACCCAGAUCCCAGAGGUGUUUGACUGACUGCCACUUGGGCAGAGCACAGAUAUGGUUCUGAGCAAUGAUCCAACUUUACUUUGAAGCAUUCAUAUUUUGGCUUGGUGACAAAGGUAGUACGUGUCAAUGUGAAGCAAAGAGGUUUCCUAUCUCACAAGAGAAGAGAAAUCUAAGCACAGCAGUACUGUACCUGUCGAUGGAGAAUGCUGCAAUGAUGGAAACCUCUGUCCUGCCACUGCCAGCAUGACAUACCAUGCUCAAGGUAAUAAAACAUCUUUAUAGAUAAAAUCCAUACAGUCUCACUUGUAAAAAAUGUACAGGAGGAAAGGGUUCCAUCUGUAGCCAAUGGUCUGAUUUAUUGACAAACGGAGCAUGUAGAAAUGCAGGCAAGAGUCACUUCAGACUUUAUAGGACUAUUUGUCUCAUUAGAUCUGGUGUUGAAUGUAUACAAGACAAAUAUGUGACAGAUUUCAACAAAGAUAUGCUUAAUUUGGACAUGUAUGUCACUGCUAAAAAUGAUGUACAAUAAUCAUGCUGUUCUGAUCUCAUCCUUUUUUGUUCCACACUCAGUUCCACGGGUGGCCACUAGGCAGCACCCAUCUCCCAUCAUUAAUAAACAUUCUUAUUUAGUGUUAUAAUAGUACUAAUUGGGUGAAAUCAUAUUGCAAGUAAAGGAAGUCCUCCAUAAUAAUAUAUUUAGGAUCUAUGAUUAAAUAACCUAUUACAACUUUAUCUCAAGGAGAAAGCUUUAUUUCUACUGUUUCUACUGCUGCUUCCACUUUUACUAGAGCUGCUACUAAAAUGUAUUUUGGUAUUGAUAGUAGUAUUACUUAGUUUUGCACAAUAAAGAUAAAGUAGGGCUAUCAAUAGACAUUCACAAACAAGUGGACACAAACAUCUUCCUCUUACCUCUACUGUUCCCUUUCCUGCCAAAUGGAAAAGUAAAAAUGCUAAUGACAUUGAUAACACUACAGUGAUGGGCCAAUAAAGAUCAGCACAGUUUCCACUAUUUGAGAGGCAAUGCUUUGUAGACAGCUGACUCUAUCAGAGUAACUGUGAGAUCUGUAAAGGACAAAUGAUUGAGACAACUAUGAGGGGGUCUUCUACACCACAGUCAUCACAUGGGCUAGAGAAAUGUCCAUUUGCAUCAUCUUAUUUGAUUGAUUCCAUUCUGAGCAAAGGUGUGAGGAAAGACACUGGGAUCAGCAGAGAAGUGGAUUCCAUGGGUCCAACAUCUCUCAAAAAGACUGAGAAUCAAUCCAACAAGUCCGAGCAGAUAUCAAUAGCAGAUCAUACUGCCCCUGAGGAGAACAAAUGCACUUUACAGCCACAAGAUACUAGGAAAGAGAUGACAGUAAAUACUAACAGAGGGACAGAGCUUGGCUCCAACAGAAACCAAACAGAGCAGCUGAAAACACCAAGUUCGGGUGGACACUCAAGGAAGCAACGACGUUAUCGCACCACUUUUACUAACUUCCAGCUGGAACAACUGGAGAGGGCUUUCUGCAAAUCCCAUUAUCCAGACAUUUUUGCCAGAGAAGAACUGGCAAUGCAUCUAACUUUAACAGAGGCAAGAGUUCAGGUUUGGUUUCAGAACCGCAGAGCCAAGUGGCGCAAGAACGAGAAGGCUGGAGUGUUGAGCUCCCUCCCUGGGCUACCUUUAACCAACUCCCUGGGCGUUUAUCUGGAUGUCCCCUUGCACCAGGCCACUUUGGUGGAGCCAUCCUGGGGGGGAGCCCGAUACACAGCCUCAGUGUAUGAGCCUGACUCUGUUGGAAACCUGGGUAUUAACACUCUGGCCUGGGCCUCACUGUGUGGACAUCCUUUUAUCCAUCCUAACUUCAGCAGGUUUUUAACCCUGUUAAAUCCAUUGGGUAACAAUCCAACCUUGAUGACCAAACCUUCCAGAAUAUCCCAGGCCAGCCCAGGCGCCAUGCUGGACAAUGACAGGAGGCUACUUAGCACUGGCCACAACAAGGAGCACUCUGUCCACAUGCAGUAGUCCAACACAUUGCGGGACAUUGUCCUGUCCACCUUGUCCAUGCCUGGUUACAAUUUGUGCAAUGUUUUGUUCACGUAUGCUAGCGUAAUAACAUUAUGUUUCAAUGUUUGUGUUGCAUAAUUUACUGGACAGCAAAACGUCUUUCCUAAAUAUUUUCGAUAAACGAUGUAACUAU